AUGCCAGAGUCGAAAUUACCCUCCGUUAGUUAUAACAAAUCAGAUGCGCCUUCCAUCCAAGAGCUAGGAUCUCAUAUCGUGGGGGCUCGUAUCCCAGGUGGAGAAAGUAACCGUAACGAAGCAAGUGCACAGGAGAGCCCUCAACUAGUCACGGAUAUCAGCCCAGCUGGACGCACAACACACAUUGAUAGGAACACCAUCGCUACCGAUGAGUUUAUUGACGAUGGCGAGGACGAUGUGUCUGGAAUGAUCAAUCUUGCCGUCUUGCUGAUGGCCGAAUGCAAGGCAGGGUUAUCGCUUUCAGAGCUCAACAAUGUGGUCUUCCUGUUCCGUCAAGUCGUAGAUAGCCGCCCAGCAACACACCCGCUCCACCCUGCUGCCAAGAGAAAUCUUGCAUCCGCGUUGGGUAUCAGAUUCAUGUACACCAAUCAGAGACAUGAUUUGAUGGAAUCUUUGACUCUUCGCAAUGAGAUAGUCCAGGGUGGGAUUUUGAACCAAGGGGCGAGCUCUGAAACCAAUACCACCAUCCGACUAGAGGAUGAGACAGACACAGAAGACACAUUGGAACUGGUGAAAGGAUUGUUGACAGACUUUCUGAAGUCAACUUCCCUUCACAUUCUGAACACCAUUGUCUUCCUCAUUCAACAGGCACUCACACAAUUAUCAGCUGCAUCUACUAGCCGGUUUAUUGCAUUGACAACUAUGGUUGAUGCAUUAUAUGCCCGCUUUAACCAUUCCUAUGAUCUGACUGACUUGAAGGAAGCAAUUUCUAGUUUGAAAGAUGCCAGCAAAUGUUGCACGGACCAAGAGUGGCAAGAAUCGGACAUAAACUUCUGGAUCCGUGGGCUAUUAGCAACCCGCUUUGAUUUAAUGGGAGAUAUUUGUGAUCUCCAAAUGGCAUCUGGUGGGACUAUCAGAGGCAUGAAAGCUAUUCUGGGAUCACUUGAGUUUGCAAGUGAACUUUGUAAACAGUUCACAAGGGAACGGAUGGCAGAACUACCUCAGAAAAGUAAGAAGUAUCCAGUGCUCAUCAACAAUUUUGCUUCUGCACUGUGGACCCGCUUUAGGGAAGGAGGGCAGCAAUGUGAUCUCAAUGAAGUCAUUUCUCUGCUCAGGCAAGGUUUCAAGCUCCCACUUCCACCCCCUUCUGAUCAAUCCAACUUGCUCAACAAUCUUGCAAAUGCACUGUCAACCCAAUUUGAGCAAGGAGGUCAGCAAAGUGAUCUUGAUGAAGCUAUUUCUCUGUACAGGCAAGCUCUUGAGCUCCGACUUCCACCCCAUCCCAAUCGAUCCAACUCACUCAACAAUCUUGCAAAUGCACUGUUGACCCAAUUUCAGCAAGGAGGUCAGCAAAGUGAUCUUGAUGAAGCUAUAUCUCUGUACAGGCAAGCUCUUGAGCUCCAACUUCUACCCCAUUCCCUUCGAUCCAGCUCACUCCAGAAUCUUGCAAAUGUACUGUCAACCCGAUUUGAGCAAGGAGGUCAGCAAAGUGAUCUUGAUGAAGCCAUUUCUCUGCACAGGCAAGCUCUUGAGCUCCGACCUCCAUCCCAGCCUGAUCGAUCCAGCUCACUCAACAAUCUUGCAAAUGCAUUGUUGACCCGAUUUCAGCAAGAAGGUCAGCAAAGUGAUCUUGAUGAAGCCAUUGCUCUUCACAGGCAAGCUCUUGAGCUCCGACCUCCAUCCCAGCCUGGUCGAUCCAGCUUGCUCAACAAUCUUGCUUCUGUGCUGUGGAUCCAAUUUCAGCAAGGAGGUCAGCAAAGUGAUCUUGAUGAAGCCAUUUCUCUGCACAGACAAGCUCUUGAGCUCUUCCUUCCACCCCAUCCCCUUCGAUCCAGCUCACUCAAGAAUCUUGCAAAUGCACUGUUGACCCGAUUUGAGCAAGGAGGUCAGCAAAGUGAUCUUGAUGAAGCCAUUUCUUUGCACAGGCAAGCUCUUGAGCUCCGACCUCCACCCCAUCCCUUCGAUCCAGCUCACUCCACAAUCUUGCAAAUGCACUGUCAACCCGAUUUCAGCAAGAAGGUCAGCAAAGUGAUCUUGAUGAAGCCAUUUCUUUGCACAGGCAAGCUCUUGAGCUCCGACCUCUAUCCCAUCCUGGUCGAUCCAGCUCACUCCACAAUCUUGCAAAUGCACUGUCAACCCGAUUUCAGCAAGAAGCAAGAAGGUCAGCAAAGUGAUCUUGAUGAAGCCAUUGCUCUGCACAGGCAAGCUCUUGAGCUCCACCUCCACCCCAUCCCCUUCGAUCCAGCUCACUCAACAAUCUUGCUUCUGUGCUGUCAACCCGAUUUGAGCAAGGAGGUCAGCAAAGUGAUCUUGAUGAAGCCAUUUCUCUGCACAGGCAAGCUCUCGAGCUCUUCCUUCUACCCCAUCCCCCUUCGAUCCAGCUCACUCAAGAAUCUUGCUAAUGUACUGUCAACCCGAUUUGAGCAAGGAGGUCAGCAAAGUGAUCUUGAUGAAGCCAUUUCUCUGCACAGGCAAGCUCUUGAGCUCCGACUUCCAUCCAAUCCCCUUCGAUCCAGCUCACUCCAGAAUCUUGCAAAUGUACUGUCAACCCGAUUUGAGCAAGGAGGUCAGCAAAGUGAUCUUGAUGAAGCCAUUUCUCUGCACAGGCAAGCUCUUGAGCUCUUCCUUCUACCUCAGCCUGAUCGAUCCAGCUCACUCAACAAUCUUGCUUCUGCACUGUUGACCCGAUUUAAGCAAGGAGGUCAGCAAAGUGAUCUCAAUGAAGCCAUUUCUCUGCACAGGCAAGCUCUUGAGCUCCGAGCUCCACCCCAUCCUUAUCGAUCCAGCUCCCUCAAUAAUCUUGCACAUGCACUGUCAACCCUAUUUGAGCAAGAAGGUCAGCAAAGUGACCUCAAUGAAGCCAUUUCUCUGCACAGACAAGCUCUUGAGCUCCAACCUCCACCCCAUCCCCUUCAAUCCAGCUCACUCAGCAGUCUUGCCUCUGCACUGUCAACUCGAUUUGAGCAAGGAGGUCAGAAAGGUGAUCUUGAUGAAGCAAUGUCUCUAUUCCUCACUGCUACCCAAUACCACCUCCAAUCUCCAUCUAAUCGCCUCCGCAUUUCUAGGAAAUGGAUAUAUUAUGCAGAUAGACAUCAACAUAGCUCUGCAAUUGAUGCUUAUGAAGCUUCUAUACAGGCUUUACCACAAGUGGCUGCUCUGAGCUUUGAUGUAGCAUCACGACAGGAUGCCCUGACUGCAGGCAGUGAUGGCUUAGCUCGAGAUGCAGCUAGAUGUGCUAUUCAGUCUGGAUGUAUAGAAAAAGCCAUAGAACUUCUAGAAGCAGGACGAAGUAUCUUCUGGUCACAGGUCCUAUCUCUCCGGUCGCCCUUUGAUCAACUCAACAAGAUUGCACCUGAAUUGGCACAUAAGCUACAAGAUAUUGCAACUCAGCUGGAGAUUGGAUCUCACCGUGAUGUUUUUUCUGACAUUCUGGACAACAAGAAGAAGUUAUCUAUAGACCUGGAAGCGGCCCGACUCAAUCGCCUUAAUGAAGAAUGGGAUCAAUAUAUUCAUGAAGUUAGAAAAUUUAGUGGAUUUGAGGACUUUCUAUGCCCAUCCCAUAUAUCCUCACUCAAAGCAGCUGCAUCAGAACAUCCAGUUGUCAUUCUCAUUGCGAAUGAUGAUGAAAGCCAUUGCCUCAUCAUGACAUCGACAAUCAUUCAUCACAUCCCUCUUCCAAACUUAGGCACUCCUAUGUUAAAGGCACUUGCUCAUAUCAUUCAGAUAGCUGGCUCUCAGUCACCAAUAUCACGGUCAUUCAUUGAUCAAACCCAAGACAUAAUUAUAAAGCUUCUGGGAGAAGAGCGAGCAGGGAGGGUUAGCAGCAAUACUCACCUUGGAUCUUCAGAUGAUAUGUUCAAAUAUGUUUUGCGGAUGCUGUGGGAUGAAUUGGUGAAGCCAGUCAUUGAUUUUCUUGAUAUUAAGAAAUCAGAUGAAAUGACUGUCCUACAAUGGUGCCCAACUGGUCAUUUCACCUUCCUUCCCAUCCAUGCUGCUGGCUGCUAUGAUGAUGAGCUAGCUAUUGAUUGUGCCCCAGAUUACUUCAUUUCUUCAUACACUCCAACCAUAGGGGCGCUUCUGGCCUUGGAUUCAGUUCCCACCACCCAAUCAUUCCAAAUGAUGGUGGUGAUCGAAUCUAAAGGGCUGCCUUCUACAAGAAGAGAGCUAGAAACCAUUCGGCGACAUGUAUCUUGUGAAGCUCUCAUUGAGUUAGGGGUCUCUGAAGUACCUGCUAGAGUUGAAGCUGUUGCCUCCUAUCUUUCAAAUGUGUCUAUUGUUCAUUUUUCAUGCCAUGGGAAGCAAGAUCCAUGGAACCCACUUGACAGUUGGCUCAAGCUUGAUGAUGGGCUACUCCGAAUCUCAAGAAUUAUGAAGGAAAAGAUGCCAAAUGGAUCACUUGCCUUUCUCUGUGCUUGUGAGACAGCCAGGGGCGAUCAAAAUCUACCGGAUGAGGCCAUGAGCAUAGGAGCAAGCUUGAUCUUUUGUGGAUUUCAGCGGGUUGUUGCUACUAUGUGGAAAAUGAUGGACAAAGAUGGACCUACUAUUGUGGACACAUUCUAUCAAGAAAUUUUCUGUGGCAGUCCUGAUGGAAAACCAGCUCUUAAACCUGAUAUGACAAAGUCUGCUCUAGCCCUUCACCUUGCAGUCAAGAAACUCCGUUCACAGGGUGUUUCAUUCCAUCGUUGGGUUCCCUUUAUCCAUAUGGGCAAAUAA